AUGUUUUAGAAUUCUGAAUCCUCUGAGUGUCAUUCUAAGUCUUCUGGAUUGGAUAAUAAGUAAGGGGAUCAUAAGAUACAAGAAAAUAGUAGUUAAAGUGAAAAUGACUCAAUAGAAAAGAAGGUUAAGUUAAAUGAUGAAAGAGGAUAAAUUAAAAUAUCAAGAAAAAUGAGUGAUGAUUUGAUCAAAAUCUUUGAAAGAUUACCAAAUGAUUAAAUUUCAAAACUUUUGGAUGUUAUCAAAGUCAAGAAUUCACGUAUCACUUUAACAUAAUUCUAUUUUAUAGCUGAUUUGCCUGUUUAAGUCAACUUAGAUGACUUAAUGUCUAAGGAAGAUGACUUUGUCUUGGAUAGUUAAUCAGAUUCUUAGAAUGGAAAAUUGAGGAAAAGGAGAGAGUCUAAGGAAAAGGAAUGCAAAUGUUGUAAGUAACUUGUAAAACGCCAUCAUUGUACACAUACAGAAUGUGAAAAGCCUUGUUAAUUCUUAGAAAAAAUAAAAAAAGGCAAACCUUGA